UUAAGAUGCAGUGUGAUUCCACAUCGAUGACUGCGAUUCUUCGCGUCUCUACUCCUUUCAGAGGGCGAGUUUACGCCCUAGGACAUCCACACGAUUGCUAUGCUCUGACUGCAGGGGGCAACGGAGAAAUCGCUAUCACACUUCCACUUCAUGGGCGAAAUUGUGGUACAAAGAACUUGGGAAACGGAACAUUCAUUAAUAAUAUAGUCGUACAACAUCAUCCUGUUGUUCUGAAGAAUAGUGACCGCCGUGUUGAAGUAGCGUGCGAUUAUGAUGAAAUCAAAAGAAGACUGAGAACUGGAAAGGAGGUGGAAGAAGG